UAAUAGAAACGCGGCCGUGGUUUCGAAGGUGGAUGGAUCGCGGAAUUCGGUCGGCGCCACGGAUCGGGAGCGCGAUCUGGAGCUGUGAGUGUUAGUAGGGCUUGGCGGUUGGAUCGGGGAGCAUGGCCAAAGGCGACCGGAUUCGAGGGCGCUGGAGCGGUAGCGCCAGCGGUAGGGCUUUGUGCACAGCAGUGCUGGCGACGCUGGCGCUCAUGUCCGUGGCGCUCUUCCUCCUCGUGGGUGUGGGAAUUGUGGGCGUUCCGGCGGGAUUGAAUCACUCAGACGCUUCCAUCUCGCUGCGGCUACCCGAUCGUUUACUGGAACAAAUAGAAGAGGUUGGCGAAGGGAAGCAUGAGCCUUGGUCGGAGAUUAUCUCGUGGACGCCUCGAGCUUCCCUUGUUCACAACUUUCUAACCGACGAUGAAUGCGACCAUCUGAUCCGAGUCGCGAUGCCCCUCAUGCAAAAGUCCACUGUUGUGGAUAGCCAAACCGGUGGAAGCCGCGAUAGCAGGGUGCGGACGAGCUCGGGGAUGUUCUUGAACCGAGGACAGGACAGAGUUAUAUCUGAGAUCGAGGACAAGAUUGCAAAGCUAACAUUCAUUCCAAAGGAUCAUGGAGAGGGAAUUCAGGUUCUUCACUACGAACCCGGCCAGAAGUACGACGCUCACCACGACUUCUUCUAUGACACCGUCAACACCAGAAACGGUGGCCAGAGAAUAGCGACGCUCCUCAUGUACUUGACGGAUGUGGAGGAAGGUGGCGAGACUGUGUUCCCUAAAUCGGCCAAGAACUCGAGCUCGCUUCCAUGGCAUAAUCAGCUCUCGGAGUGUGGGAGGCGUGGGGUUUCAGUGCGGCCAAAGAGAGGAGACGCGCUGCUGUUUUGGAGCAUGUCACCCGACGCGCAGCUCGAUCACUCGAGCUUACACGGAGGGUGUCCGGUGAUCAAAGGUGACAAGUGGUCCGCCACCAAGUGGAUGCGAGUCUCGGAAUACAAGCUUUGAUAGAUCGGGUUUUCGAAUCACACAUUUAACGCUUGUUUGCGUUGUUUUGUAAGUCUAGAAUCUAUGCAAUCCAACAGACAUUUCAAUA